AUGCUUACACAACUGGCUCAGGCUCAACGUCAGGAAUCUGUGUCAAGUUCAGGAAGUGAGGAUGCACCUGAUGCUACGUGGGAUGAGUUUGCAAGUGCAUUCCUAGACCACUUCAUGCCAAUAGAGGUCAGGGAAGCUAAGGCUGAGCAAUUCCUGCAGCUUAAGCAGAAUGACAGGUCAGUUCAGGACUACUAUUUAGAAUUUGUCAGUCUGGCUCAGCAUGCUCCAAAUAUGGUACCGGACAUGAGGGCAAGAGUGAGGAGGUCAGCCGGACAUGCUCCGUCCACAACAAGUGCUCCAGUUUCCAAGUUUAGGAAAGAUAACCAUCAACAGAAUUUCAGGUCAUCAGGCUUCCAGUCUCAAGCUAGUGUGACUCAGAGUAACUUUACCAGUCCGAUUUGUGCUAAGUGUGGGAAGAGGCACCCUAGGGAGUGCCGCUCUGGAUCGAAUAUUUGCUAUGGGUGUGGCCAGUCGGGCCAUGUUCAGCGAAAUUGCCCUUCAGUUAGACAGGGCUCAGAAGGUAACCAGACUCAGUCAAUAAAUUCGUCAAUUCCUCAUAAUAAGCAAACUCAGGCAGUACGUGCACUAGCUAGAUCCGGCAACACAAGCGGUGGCCCAAAUCGUUUGUAUGCUUUGAACGGGCAUCAGGAUAUCGAUGCCCGUACUGAUGUUGUCAUAGGUUUACUCACCGUUCUCAGUUUUGAUGUUUAUGCUCUUAUGGACUCGGGAUCCACCCUAUCCUAUGCCACCCCUUAUGUUGCUAAGAAAUUUGUUGAUGGUAGAACCAAAGUUGUAAAUUUCAAGUUUCCUAAUGAGCCUGUCUUAGAGUGGAAGGGUGAUUUAGUAAGUCCUAAGGUUUCCCAGACCCCAACUCUUCAGUCAGUCUCUAUUGUUAACGAGUUUCCACAAGGCUUUCCCGAGGACCUUCUCGGAAUUCCUCCUGAUAGGGAAAUUGAUUUCGCAAUUGACCUACUCUCAGGUACUAAACCUAUAUCUAUUCCACCUUAUAGGAUGGCUCCAGCUGAAUUAUGA